UUGGCUGGCGAUUUCGAACUCUCAUCCGUCAAAAUUCGAUACUGGGAGAAUCACGGAGAGAAGUCAUAACAAACUGUUACAGUACCCACAAUAGUCGGCGUUACUAUCAGAAAUCAUCCGGUCACCCUUACUUGAAAAUGUCUUUCCAGUAUCCACAAGUAUACCGUGACGAGGCGGUGGUUGAUGACUACCAUGGUAACAAGAUUCCAGACCCUUACAGCUGGCUGGAGGAUCCGGAUAGCGAGAAGACGCAGGCUUUUGUGAAUGCCCAAAACAAGCUGACUACUCCGUUCCUUGAGGGCUGUGAGAUCCGUGACGUGUUUAAGGAGCGCAUGACGGAGCUCUAUGACUACCCCAAAUACAGCUGUCCCUUUAAGAGGGGCAACAGGUAUUUCCACUUCUACAACACGGGCCUGCAGAACCAGAGUGUGAUGUACGUGCAGGAGAGUCUGGACGCAGAGCCCUCCGUCUUCCUCGACCCAAACACCUUCUCUGAGGACGGAACAGUAGCACUGCGAGGCUACGCGUUCUCUGAGGACGGCGAGACGCUGGCGUACGGCAUCAGUGUGAGCGGCUCUGAUUGGGUGGAGAUCCGCUUCCUACAGGUGGAGGGGGCCAAGCCAUUGGACGACCGGCUGGAGAGGGUCAAAUUCACCUGCAUGGCCUGGACCCACGACGGGAAGGGGCUCUUCUACAACUCCUACCCCAAGCAGGACGGCAAGAGCGACGGCACUGAGACCUCCACUAACCUGCAUCAGAAGCUCUAUUACCACGUGCUGGGCACUCCCCAGUCUACUGACGUGCUGUGUGCAGAGUUCCUGGACCAGCCCAAGUGGAUGAGCGGAGCAGAGGUGUCAGAUGAUGGGCGUUAUGUGUUGCUGUCUAUUAGGGAGGGCUGUGACCCAGUCAACCGGCUGUGGUACUGUGACCUGCAGAGUGUCCCCCAGGGCAUCACAGGGCUGUUGCCGUGGGUGAAGCUGAUUGACAACUUUGACGCGGAGUACGAGUACGUGACCAACGAGGGCCCGGUGUUCACCUUCAAGACCAACCUGGAGGCCCCCCGCUAUCGGCUCAUCAACAUCGACUUCAGCCAGCCCAGCAUGGACGCCUGGAAGGAGCUGCUGCCCCAGCACGACAAGGACGUCAUCGUGUUUGCCACCUGUACCUACUCCAACUUCCUGUUUGUGUGUUUCCUGCACGACGUGAAGAACGUGCUGAAGAUGUUCCGCUUGGCCUCGGGGGAGGAGGUGCGCACCUUCCCCCUGGACGUGGGCUCCCUCAUGGGCUUCACCGGACGCAAGAAGGACUCGGAGAUCUUCUACUACUUCACAUCCUUCCUCUCGCCAGCUGUCAUCUACCACUGUGACCUGACGAAGGAGCCUCUGCAGCCUCACGUCUUCAGAGAGGUCACAGUCAAGGGCUUCAACCCUGCAGACUACCAGACUACUCAGGUGUUCUACCCCAGCAAAGAUGGCACUGAAAUUCCGAUGUUCAUCGUGCACAAGAAAGGCCUCAAGCUAGACGGCUCUCACCCGGCAUUCCUCUACGGCUACGGAGGAUUCAACAUCUCAAUCACACCCAGCUACAGUGUGUCGCGGCUCAUCUUCGUGCGUCACCUGGGGGGAGUCCUGGCAGUGGCCAACAUCAGAGGAGGAGGGGAGUACGGAGAGACCUGGCACAAAGGUGGCAUGCUGGCCAACAAGCAGAACUGCUUCACAGACUUCCAGUGUGCGGCUGAGUACCUGAUCAAGGAGGGCUACUCCUCCCCCGGCAAGCUCACCAUCAACGGAGGCUCUAAUGGAGGACUGCUCGUGGGGGCGUGUGUGAACCAGCGUCCGGAGCUGUUUGGCUGCGCGGUGGCGCAGGUGGGGGUGAUGGACAUGCUCAAGUUCCACAAGUUCACCAUCGGCCACGCCUGGACCACCGACUUUGGCUGCUCCGAGAUCAAGGAGCAGUACGACUGGCUCAUCAAGUACUCCCCGCUGCACAACAUCAAGGUGCCGGAGGGCGAGGGCGUGCAGUACCCGUCGGUGCUGCUCCUGACGGGCGACCAUGACGACCGCGUGGUGCCCCUGCACUCGCUCAAGUACAUCGCCACGCUGCAGCACAGGGUGGGCCGCUGGCACGGCCAGACCAACCCGCUGCUCAUCCACGUGGACACCAAGUCGGGCCACGGCGCCGGCAAGCCCACCAGCAAGGUCAUCCAGGAGGUCACGGACAUGUACGCCUUCAUCGCACGCUGCCUGGACCUGCACUGGGUGCCCUGAGGAGUGAGGAGGUGGACAAGACACACCGGGACGAGAUACACCGGACCAGGACCGGGGCACACACACCGAACCCGAAUGGACACACACACACACACACACACGCAAACACACAUGCACGCACAAAGGACAGGGUUACUCAGCUUUCUUCUUCCCCUUGCUUUCUCUCCUCUCUCUCUCCGCCUAUAGCUCACUCUUCCUCUUGCAGUGGGUGGACAGACAGACUCAUGGACAGACACAGUAGUUCUCCAUCCUAUCUCUCGCUCUCGCUCUCUCUCUCUCUCUCUCUCUCUCUCUCU